ACAGACAAUAGCGUAAAUCCCGAAAACGCCCCCGAGACCAAUCGAGCCCAGCAUCACAGGGAGCGUGUAAGUAACUAUGACGUCACAAAUCCAGAAAACCAAUGCACAAAUGGCAAUGCAGAUUCCACGGACCUGAGUCGGGAAUAUUUCCGCACAGAGGAUGUUUGGGAUUGGGCCGUAACCCAUCACGAACCGUGGGCCACGCUUCCAAGAUUCACGACAUUCCCAAUCACGAGGAUGAUGAGAGAGAUUAUUAGGACGGCAACAUCCAUGAACCUCAUAGCAACAGCAAUACUUGGAAGCAUCAGGAAAUUAGUCAAAGCACUGAUGAGGAAUGAUGCAGAGUCCGAUCCUAUGCCGAGGUUAGAGAGAAGAACUCCCACACCCGCUUGCUGUAGAAUU